UUCAAUCCUCCCUUUCUGUUUCUGCUUUACUGAACUUCUUUCCAUCCAAACCCCCCCCCGGUUUCCUUAUUGAUUACUCUCUUAUUUGGUUGAAAAUUUCUGUUUUUGGAUAAGUUAUUGAGUUGAAAACUUUUUUGUAUUGGACAUCAAGAAUAACCCCCCCCCAACAAAGAAGCUGCUGCUUUGGCAAAGAUUCUCUCUGCCUUGUUCCCUAGCUUUCUCUCCCUCUCUGACUAGUUGCUGGAUAAAACCAACUUCGAUUUCAAGACCCAUGUAUUAAAGCCAAUCCUUUGCUUUAAACUCAACAUCUACUAAUCAUACCCAUCUAGUUUUGAGUUGUUUCAAGUUUUCAACAGCCUCCAACCGCAAUCGGCAUCGUACCCUGAUAAAGGCAAUAUGAGGUUGUUGAAAGGCGUGGAUUUAGCUGGGGUUCUUAUCGCCAUGUUGUUGCUAUUCACUGUGUUUUUUAUGGGUUCAGUUAGUGGAAUUGGAGUUAACUGGGGAACCCAGUUAACACACCCUCUGCCAGCUGCAACGGUGGUGAAGAUGCUGAAGGACAAUGGUUUUCAGAAAGUGAAGCUCUUUGAUGCUGAUUCCUCAAUAUUGAACGCUCUGAGGAAUUCAGGGAUUCAGGUGAUGGUUGGUAUUCCUAAUGACAUGCUUAAUACUUUGGCUAAUAGUGUGCAAGCAGCUGAGAAUUGGGUUGCCAAGAAUGUUUCGGCGCACGUCUCUUCCAACGGGGUAGACAUCAGGUAUGUUGCAGUUGGAAACGAACCAUUCUUGGAAACGUAUAAUGGAACCUUCGAAGGAAUAACUCUUCCUGCUCUUCAAAAUAUCCAGGCAGCCCUUAUAAAAGCUGGUUUGAGCAAUCAGAUUAAAGUCACUGUACUAAAUGGUGAUGUAUACGAGAGUUCAACAAACAUACCUUCUCAGGGUGAUUUUCGUGCAAACAUCCGCGAUAUCAUGGUGCAAAUCGUUAAGUUCUUGAAUGAUAAUGGAUCUCCUUUUACUGUCAACAUCUACCCCUUUAUCAGCCUCUAUGAUAAUCCCAGUUUUCCUGCUGACUAUGCCUUCUUUGAUGGCUAUUCAUCUCCCAUAAAUGAUGAUGGAAGAAUAUAUCAAGACAUGUUUAGUGCGAACUAUGAUACCCUUGUAUGGACCCUGCAGAAAAUUGGAUAUGGAAACAUGUCCAUAAUAGUUGGAGAAAUUGGUUGGCCCACUGAUGGAGAUCAAAACGCAAAUAUACAAUUGGGGCAGAAGUUCAACCAAGGCUUCAUGUCCCGUUAUAAUGCCGGGCAGGGGACACCAAUGAGAUCCGGUCCCCUAGAUGCUUACUUAUUCAGCCUUAUAGAUGAAGAUGCCAAAAGCAUUCAGCCAGGUAAUUUUGAACGCCACUGGGGGCUGUUUUACUUCGAUGGAGCACCCAAAUACCAGCUUAGCCUUACAGCCAGCUCGAACAGUUUGGUUGGAGCAAGUAAUGUACAAUAUCUGGCCAAGCAAUGGUGUGUCAUGUCCCCCUCGGCUAGUCUUGAUGAUCCACAGGUCGCACUUAGUGUCAGUUACGCUUGUGCAAAAGCCGAUUGCACUAGUCUUGGAUAUGGCACUUCAUGCGGACGUUUGGAUGCUCGAGGGAAUAUCUCCUAUGCAUUUAACAGUUACUAUCAGAUGCAGAAUCAGGUUGCGAGUGCCUGCAAGUUCCCAAACCUUUCAAUUCUCACACAAACAGACCCGUCGGACGGAGAUUGCAAAUUUAGGAUCAUGAUCAAUACGCCUACAGCUGCAGGGGAGUUGAGUGGAGUUGGAUCACUUCAACAGCCAGUUGGUUUGUUGCUGUUUUUGUUCUUGCUUUUCUUUCCAAUUUUGUGAGUUUGCUGCUAUAUAUAGUACAAUACUGUCUUCAUUUAUUUUUCAUUAUAUGUAUAUGUUGAAAACCAUCCGAGCAUUUGGUCCAUUUAUACAUGUAGCAAACUAAAUAUAUAUUGCAUUUCAAAGUCA